ACAAAUUACAACUAUUAACGUUACAGUGUGGGUGGGCGGUGCUGUACUGGAAAAAAAUGGCAGAGCACUGCGAACUUGUAUGAGAAGAGUGAUGCUGGUGAGCUAGUUCCGCUUAAGAUGGCGGCGCAGCGGAGGAAUUUAAUGCAAAGCCAGCAGAGCUGGACUGACGACCUCCCGCUGUGUCAGCUGUGUGGGGUGUACACAACAGCCAACUGUGUGUACGGUCCUGACGGCAAGAGCACUCAGAGUCACCCGAACGAGGAUGGGCACUUCAGAUUCAGAGGCGAGGACGGCUGCUUCCUCUACGGGGUGUUCAACGGCUUCGAUGGGGGCCGAGUGGCUAACUUUGUCGCUCAGCGCCUGACGGCUGAACUGUUGCUGGGACAGCUGAAUUCCAGCCACACCGACGCAGACGUCAGGAGAAUCCUCUUGCAGGCUUUUGAUGUGGUGGAGAAGAGCUACUUUGAAACCAUUGACGACGCCUUGGCUGAGAAAGCUAACCUACAGUCUGAGGGUGUGAUGUUUCACCAGAUGUCCCCGCAGAACCAGAAGCUCUCGGAGAGGCUUGGUGUGUUGGAGCAGGAGGUAUCAGGCGGGGCCACCGCUGUAGUGGCCCUAAUCCUCAACAACAAGCUGUACAUCGCCAACGUAGGUACCAACCGCGCUCUGCUGUGCAAGUCUUCCAGUGACGGGCAGAACCAGGUGAUCCAGAUCAGCCACGACCACACCACCGACAACGAGGAAGAGGUCCAGAGACUAGCCCUGCUGGGUCUGGACCCCACCCGUCUGAGGCAGGCCGGCCCGAUCGCUGGCCAGACCAGCACGCGUAGGAUCGGGGACUACCGCGUCAAGUUCAACUACACCGACAUCGACCUGCUCAGCGCAGCCAAAAGCAAGCCAAUCACGGCCGAGCCAGAGAUCCACGGCAGCCAAUCGCUGGAGGGCGUUUCUGGGUUCCUCCUCCUGAUGUCCGAGGGGCUGAUCAAAGCCCUUGAGGCUGCCCACGGCCCCGAGCAGGCCAAUCAGGAGAUGGUGGCGAUCGUGGCGGCAGAGCUGGCUCAGCAGAGCAGUCUGGAGGGCGCGGCGCAGGCUGUGGUGGAGCGGGUGAAGAGGCUGCACCACGACGCCUUCGCCAGCGGGAGGCAGCGUUCAGCACACUGCUCCCGGCACGAGGACAUGAGCCUGCUCAUACGCACCCUCAACUACACCCUGUCCGACUGCGCCCUCACGCCCACGCAGGGAGGGCGCCUCUACCCCGUGUCAGUGCCCUACUCCAACAGCCAGAGCACCAGCAAAACCAGCGUCACCCUGUCCCUGGUCAUGCCCUCACAGGGCACCCUCACCAAUGGGACCACCAACACCACCUCCACACAGGAGGAAGGCACGCCCACACCCAGGUACAGCCCCUCCCCCCCACCCUGCUCUGCCACGCUGACCCAGCUCAGCGCCUGGCGGCUCGGCUCACAGAUUAAACACGCCGUCACGCUGUCACGUGCCGGGGAGCUGCCAUGA